AGGAAAGCGUCUGUGUGGGCGGGGCGUAUUUACGCUCGCGGCGACGUCACUCCAGCGAUGACAUCACAGCGCUUACGUAGAGGCAGCCUCCGUGCCUUGACGCCAUGAAUCGCUGGUGUGGACGACGUCUAAACAUCAGGGUGUGAAGACAGACGCUCCGGAGGCUUUGAAGGACGCUGGUUUGUUUGUUCUCACCUGCGGUGGAGUGUAAUUCCAGCAGCAUGUCCGUCUCCAGCACACCCACCAGUAACGAUGCCUGUCUGAGCAUCGUCCACAGUCUUAUGUGCCAUCGACAGGGAGGAGAGAGUGAGUCUUUCUCCAAACGAGCGAUAGAGAGCUUGGUGAAGAAGCUGAAGGAGAAGAAGGAUGAGUUAGACUCUCUGAUCACCGCCAUCACCACGAACGGAGCUCAUCCCAGUAAAUGCGUGACUAUACAACGCACGCUAGACGGUAGACUCCAGGUGGCCGGCCGUAAAGGAUUUCCUCAUGUCAUAUACGCACGGCUGUGGCGAUGGCCGGACCUGCACAAGAACGAGCUGAAACAUGUGAAAUACUGCCAGUUUGCCUUUGACCUGAAAUGCGACAACGUGUGUGUGAACCCGUACCACUACGAGAGGGUCGUGUCUCCAAGCAUCGAUCUGUCUGUUCUGACUCUGGGCGGCCCAGGUCCAAGUGUAGAUCCCCUGGUGAAGGAUGAGUUUGAUGCUCAGCCGUCUCAUUCUGCUGCUGAUGGAGGUCACAGUAUUCAAACCAUCCAGCACACUGCCUCUUCUUCUGCCCCACCCGAUGCUUUCAACAGCCCCGCCCUCCUGCCUCCGGCCGACUCCGCAAGCUCCGCCUCCACUUCCGCAUUUACCGGUAUGGCUACCGGGCCGACCAAUGCCCCCGGUUCAUGGCCCAGAGGAAGCAGUUUUCCUCCCAGCAUCCCUCAUCAGAACGGCCAUCUGCAGCACCACCCUCCUCUUCCUCACACGGGCCAGUACUGGUCAGUCCACAAUGAGCUGGCGUUCCAGCCGCCCAUAUCCACCCAUCCAGCUCCAGAUUACUGGUGCUCGAUUGCGUACUUUGAGAUGGACAUUCAGGUGGGUGAGACGUUUAAGGUGCCGUCUAACUGUCCCGUGGUAACGGUGGAUGGUUAUGUGGACCCAUCAGGUGGAGAUCGCUUCUGCCUCGGCCAGCUGAGUAACGUACACCGCACAGAGGCCAUCGAGAGAGCCAGGCUUCACAUCGGUAAAGGUGUUCAGCUGGAGUGUAAAGGCGAGGGGGACGUGUGGGUGCGCUGUCUCAGUGACCACGCCGUGUUUGUCCAGAGCUAUUAUCUGGACCGCGAGGCUGGACGAGCUCCAGGUGACGCCGUGCACAAGAUUUACCCCAGUGCCUACAUCAAGGUGUUUGAUCUGCGUCAGUGUCAUCGGCAGAUGCAGCAGCAGGCGGCGACGGCUCAGGCUGCGGCGGCUGCGCAGGCGGCUGCGGUGGCGGGAAACAUCCCGGGCCCGGGUUCGGUGGGAGGCAUCGCCCCUGCUAUCAGUCUGUCUGCCGCGGCAGGCAUCGGCGUGGACGACCUGCGGCGCCUCUGCAUUCUGCGCAUGAGUUUCGUGAAGGGCUGGGGUCCCGAUUACCCUCGCCAGAGCAUCAAGGAGACCCCGUGCUGGAUCGAAAUUCAUCUGCACCGCGCUCUGCAGCUCUUGGACGAGGUUCUGCACACCAUGCCUGUAGCCGACCCGCAACCUCUGGACUGAGGCUCGAACAUUUAACCUUCAACCUUAUUACAGUGCACAUAGCUCAAAAAGACUCAGCUGACCUUUGACUUUAGCCGCGAAUGCCAGCGGAGUCUUCACCGAUUUGUUACGCCAUCUGGCGAAACGUUGAAAACCAGCAAUACCACAAAACAACACUAACUCUGAUCGAGCCGAUUCAGUGAAAUCACCCUUUUUUGAGACAUUCACUUUUGAUUAUUAUUUUUUUUUUGAACAGGAAAUGGUUGAGUUGGAGAUGUGUAGAGACUUCGUAGUGCAUUUAAUAGAGUGUGUACAGCGGCCACAUACACACUGCAGCUCUUCAGAGUCUGAUGUUCACGAUCACUCACACAUCAACACAGAUGCAAAUCAUCCAAAAAAUCCAAUGAAAAUGAAUAUUUUAUUAGUCUUUUAUUUUUUUGUAAAUUAUUACACUGAAUUGAAAAGGUUUUACGAACUUCUAUGAAAAUGUAAUUAAUUUGAUUUGUAAUUGAAACAGCAAAUCAGCAUAUUAGGAUGAUUUAUGAAGGAUCGUGUAACACUUAAGACCGAAGGAAUUAUGCUAAAUUCAGUUUUAUAACGUUGGAAUAAAUGACAUUUUAAAAUGUGGUAAAUUAGAAAACCGUUACUUUAAAUCAUAAAAAUAUUUCUGCAUAAUAGUGAUGUUUGAUUAAAUAAAUACAGCCUACGAAAACACAAGAGAAAACACUUUUUCGAAAGCAUUAAAAAUGUUGAUGGUAGUGUAAAUUGAUUGUAUUUAAUUUAAUGCAACAAUUUACAUCAUUUUCUGAAACAAUGAAGUUAAAUAUUUAUGCAAAUAAAAUAUUAAUAUAAUUUGCAUUGAUUUGAAUGCAGCAGUUCAUCAGAAUGACAUUUCACGAACAUCACAAACACCUAAAUCUGGCUUGUUUUUGAUGAUUUUUUUCACUUCUACUAUCAUUUCUAAAUCCUUGCAGUGUGUAUGUGGCUAUAAUGUCCUUUGUGUGUCAAUUGUUUUUUAUUAUUUUGCAUUUUUUUAUAACUUUAUAAUGCUAAUUCGUCAUGUCAAGCACUUGAUUACUUUGUCACCUGAUUUCUCCUAACCUUUCCCUGGAAGGGCUUCGUAUCAAGCUGAGUGCAGUCAGAAGGAAACUCAUCCUGCAUCUGUUUUACGCUAAGAGACCACUUCAAUGAUUUCUUGGAGAUGGAGCCAAAUGCAUUUUGUCUUUGAUAUAAAACGUUACCACCGUUUAAUACUGAUUAUUUCAUUGUACUAACCAGUUUCGUCCCCCCCAAUGCAUGUGCAUUUUUUAAAGAUUUUUUUUAGUGAUGCAUGUUUAUGUUGGCAUGGAGAUGGAGCGACCUGUGAUAAAGACUUGACGACAGUAUUGAACGUUUAGGUGUGUUCAGAAUGGCAUACUACUGUGUUUGCAGCGUGCAGUAUGUAGUUUUUAGUACACAGAUGACCCCACAGCACAAUGCAGAAUGAUCCGAUUUAAUAGAUUUUCAAUGUGACCAAAGUAGAGUAAUAAACAUACUAAAGAAAUGUGAGCCAUUUUUGACUCUGUAUUUGAUCAGAGUGCCAAAAAGUUGAAAAUGCUACAUAAAAAUGAGAUGAAGUGUACGCAUUUCCACUGAUAACUGGAUGCCACUUGAAUUAAACAUGCAACUUAAACUAUUUCACACUAUUUGGUUGAAAACUAGUAUGCAGUAUGCACCGUGUAGUACGCUAGUAUUCCAUUCUGAACACAGCCUGCGUGUGAACCAGAGACGCAGCUGAAGUGUGUGUGUGAAUGAGUGACUUGUUGAGCAGGUUGUGCAGGCUGAUGGAGAUUUUUCUGUUGGAUUUCUUCUUUAUUAGUGGUUUUCUGUUCAUGCUCAUCAACAUAACAUCUUUAUCUGAUCAACAGAGGACUGACUGAAACAUUAAAGUACUGCAGAAUACAGUAUAUGUCGUGCAGCUGUUCCUUCUGAAACGAAUAAAUGUGAUGAACAGGUUA